AUGGCUGAUAGAGCAAGCGGCUCCGCAGAGCACACGAGUGACACUGUGCCUUUCAUCAUCAACGGAAAGGACGUUACCUCAACCUCGACGUUCAAAGUGAUCAACCCUGCCACCGGUGGGAAGGUCUGGGAUAGCUCGUCUGUCUCGAACGAUGAGACUCUCGAUGCCAUCAAGGCCGCCGAGGCCGCCUUUCCCUCAUGGUCUAAUACAAAGCCCAGCUUCAGAAGGGACAUCAUGUUCCGCGCAGCGGACCUCUUCCUCAGUAGAAAACAGGAGGUUCUGUCCUACCAAAAUAGAGAGACAGGUGCAGGAGUGCAGUUCAUGGAGAUCAACAUCAACGCAACUGUGCAGAUCCUGAGAGACCUUGGUGGUAGGAUUGAAGCCGCGGUUCAAGGCUUAGUCCCCGUAACAGCGGAAGAGGGCUCGCAUGCAAUGAUACUGAAAGAACCGUAUGGCGUGGUUCUUGCCAUUGCACCAUGGAAUGCUCCUUACGUGCUGGGGGCAAGAUCAGUUGCAUUCGCCCUUGCAACCGGCAACACAACGGUCCCCAAAGGUUCCGAACUUAGUCCACGCGUAUUCUGGGCCAUUGGCGAUAUUUUCCGACAAGCUGGUCUCCCAGAAGGAUGUUUGAAUGUCAUCUACCAUCGACCUACAGACGCGGCAGACAUUACAGAGACCCUGGUCGCCCAUCCUGCAAUCAAGAAGAUUAAUUUCACCGGCAGCACCCUUGUCGGAAGCAUUGUCGCUAGCUUAGCAGGCAGAUAUGUCAAGCCUCUCUUGCUGGAACUCGGUGGGAAGGCCAGUGCGAUUGUUCUCAGAGACGCAGACAUUCAAAAGGCCGCUACCAGCUGCGCAGUGGGUGCCUUUAUCCAUGGGGGUCAAGUGUGCAUGGCCACAGAGCGUAUCUUGGUCCACAAAUCGAUCGCUGAUGACUUCAGCGCCGCCCUUAAGCAAGCCACGCAGAAGCUCUUCGGCUCCGAGGUUCCGCCAUUCGUACUCGUCAACUCUGCCGCUGUAGCAAAGAGCAAGAAACUGCUCGACGACGCUGUCAGCAAGGGCGCGGCGGUCCUCUACGGGGAUCUAACAGCCUCGGAAGACCAACCCACGAUGAUGAGACCUGUUAUCGUGUCGAACGUCUCGAAAGAUAUGCAUAUAUACCACACCGAGUCGUUCGGGCCUACGGUAUCACUUAUUACGUUCGAAACUGAAGAGGAGGCUCUUGCGGUUGCGAAUGACACGGACUACGGGCUGUCUGGCGCUGUAUUCUCCGAAGACCUGAAGGCGGCGAUGAGAGUGGCGAGGAAGUACGAUUCUGGUGCUGUCCACAUUAACUCCAUGACAGUUCACGACGAGGCUUCGCUAGUACACGGAGGAAUAAAGAAGAGCGGAUACGGAAGAUUCAAUGCUGCACAAGGGUUGGAUGAGUUUCUGAGCCGAACCAAUGACGGCCCGAUUAAUCCUGAUGAGCCGCGCACUGAUCCUCCGAUAUGUCGGCGCGAGACAAUUCUCGCCCUCACGGAGACGAUCCUGCUCUGCUACAACACGAGGAAACGAUUAGCACUCAGUCACGAUGCCACCAAGGAGCGCCAUGGAUCUGCAGCACAACUUCACCUGUCCGCAGUGCAACGCAAAAUUCAAUCGUUUGGCUCACCUGCGACGCCAUCAGAUGACCCGCGCCGGAGGAGUUCUCACUCCGAAGUUUCCGCAUCAACCGAACGGAGAAAUAGCUUCGUGCGGGCAUCAUCUACUGCUGCAACACGAGGGGACGAUCAGAACUCAGAAGAACGCAACGAUGCGACCGAGGAGCCCCAUGGAUCUCCAGCAAACAACGAGUUAGAGGGAUCUCCAAGAAGCCGAGGGGGUCCGCUUGAUAGCCUCUUCACCUCGGACACACACUUAUUUCCUUCCUAUCUUCAAGACAAUUCUUGGAACUUCGCUGGUCAGUUUGUCGAACCGGACCUCGGAAAUCUUUCGGAAAUCAUCGACCUAGACACGUUACUACCAAAUGCCCAGGAUCUCCUGCAUGAAAUGCAAGACGAUAACAUCGGUGAGUUUCCACCUUUGGUCCCGGAGCCACCAAGACCUAGUUUACCGGAUUUCGGCCACAACGGAGGGGUUGUUGGGCCGCCCCUUCUGCUUGCUACGAUGGCAUGCGGCGCAACUUAUCUGAGCGAGUAUUCCACUGCUGUCUCGGUGCACGCCGUCGCUAUACAGCUCAUGCUCGAGCAUGAACGAAUGACUGCGCUCUGGGCGACCGACAACGAGUCCCAAACCUGGAUGCUCCAGACGUAUUUGCUCUUAAGCUAUUUUGCGAGGGCGCAGGAAGCACUUGGCGACCUCAAGGCGUACCCGGUAACGACGUAUGAAGACUGGGUACACCAAGAGUGUAUCAAUAGUACAAUCCUCCUUGGAGCAGAUAUUGGGUCGAACGAAAGAGAACUAUUUUUGGUGUCCCCAGUCAUCGAAGCCAGAUUUGCUCUCCCUUCGACUACCGCGGAAUGGCUCAAGGACGAGGCUAGCUGGGAACCCCCUACGCAGGUCCUCUACAGCAACGAUGCAUUGAAAUUUGAGAUACUCACAAGUGCGCACCACCCGGAGCUGUACGCGAACCUUGGCCGGGAGAUGGCAGGAUCAGUCCAGAUACUUGACGACAUGCUGAACCGCCGCAUUAAGGAAGCGGCCUCCGGUCUGGCUCCGGAGCCGAUCUUGCAAUGUGCCAAGUCUCUAUUGAACUCGGUCUUUUACCAUCUAUACGGGAGCAUUCCUUUGGCGAUUAUGAAGAAAUUUCUCUCGUCUCCGGCUGCCUUGGAUAGGCCAGAAGAGAUCUCGACCGUUUUAGAUGAGGCGAGUUCACCUGAGCUUUACAAGGCGCUGAUUCGUGCAGCGGACCAAUUUCGAUUUGACUGUCAGUUGGGCUUAAAAUACAUACGAAAAGUCGGACCUUCACAAUUCGGCCCCGAAUCUGCGAUUAGCAUUUAUGAGGGCGGUGUGUAUCUUGUUUGA